CGAAUCCAUCCAUUAUAAUAACAACAACAUAUAAUAUAUGCACAUAAACAUUGACUCCACAAGUCUUUCACUCAAUCUAAUAACCAUGGCUAAUCUCAUCUUCUCCAAGCAACCAUAUCCAUUUUUCCCGACCACCAAUCUCCGAACAUGCCGACCACCUCAUUCUCCCCGGCGCAGUUCAUCGACGACGCCCUCUUCUGCACAACCCAAAACGCCCUUUCUUACACCCACCACAAAUGGACCAUCCGCCACCACCUCAUUUCCCUCUUCCAUAACUUCCCUUUCCUCCGCCCCUCCCUCGCCACCUUCACCCACAACGACGGCGCCGCCGUCAAGCUCCUCGCAGCCUCCGGCUCCCUCCCCGUCGCCGCCUCCGCCGCCGCCGUCCCCAUCACCAUCUGGGUCCACGAGCUCUACCCACACGCACGCCCUAUUGUAUAUGUCGACACGCCCGUGUUGCAUUCCAUCCAUGACUCCCACCCCUUCGUCGACCGGUCUGGCAAUACGACAUCGUCUUACCUCGUUAACUGGCGACACGACAGGUCCAAUCUGACGGACCUCGUUCGCAGCCUGAUCACCCUGUUUAAUCUCAGCCAUCCGUUUUGCCACGGUGGCCUCGGCCUCCGUUUCCGCCGUCCGCCGCCGACACUGUCGAAGACGGAGGCCUUGGACCGGCUGACCUGCUCGGUUUACUACGAUCUACGCGCCGCCGCGGCGGCGAGUGAGGUGGAGAUCCGGCGGCUGGCGGCAGUCCAGGUGGAGCUCCGGGAUCGGGCCGCCGUGGCAGAGGCGGUGAUUGGCGAGCUCGCCGGAGAGCGGCGGGCGCUGGAGGAGAGGGUGGAGAUGAUGUGUGAGGAAUCCGAUAGGGUUUUGAAUUGGGUGGGGACGUACGGCGGCGCGUGGGUUUCCGACAUUGAUGAGGUGUUUGAAGGUCUGGAGGAGGCGGCGGAGGCCGUGGCGGAGUGGAGGGCGGCGGAGGAUGUGGUGUAUGCGUUGGAGAAGGCGGUGGAGAAUGGAGUUUUGGGGAUUGGAGAGUUUCUGAAGCAGGUGAGAAUUUUGGGGCGACAGCAGUUCUUGUUAAUGGACAAGAUUCUCAGGGUUAAAAGUGACGGUAAAUCUGUGUUCGAAUGAUCAGACGGCGUCGUUUCGUGUCUGUGUGUAAAAAUAAUACGCGAUCGGCCAUCGUCAUGUUUGUUUGGGUGUUUUGAGUUUGGAUGGGGAUUUAAAUACUAGAAAUUUUGAAUAUGAAUAAGUGUUAGAUG